AUGGCCAGGUAUCAGUUACUUCCUCAAUUCAAUACCCACCAGGUUUCUGACUUUCCCAUCUCUCAGAUCUCAAUUCCUUCAGAAUUCCUCAGUGAAGCUGUGUUUGCAGGAGUCGAUGAACCUGAUGGUAUAUUUCUUAUGAUAUGCAUGAACUUGCAGGGUAACUUUUGGGGUCUUGAAGCUGCUUUUGGGCGUGUAGAGGGAGUCCAUAAGACCGCCACUGGAUUGUGGAGAAAAACAGGCCACACUGAAGCUGUAAAAGUCAUUUAUGAUAAGAGAAAGGUCUCAUUCAGAUCACUCUGUGAUUUCUUCUGGGAAUUCCAUGAUUGCACCAACAAAGACUACCUUAAUUUUGGACUUGCCACACACCAAAGGUCAGCAAUCUUUUACAACGGAGAAGAAGAGAGAAAGCAUGCCCAAGAGUCAAGGAUCAGGUGGCAGAUGAAAUUGAACAAGAGGAUAGUGACAAAAGCCAUCCCUUUUAAAUCUGAAUUUUAUAUGGCAGAAAACCAACACCAAAAAUACUACUUGCAGAAGAAUUAUAGGCUUUGUGAAAGCUUGAAUUUGAGAAGCACUGAGCAAUUUGCGGAGUCAAACAUUGCUUGCAAACUCAACGGUAUAUUAGCUAUGGAAGCGAGGUCAACCAUUGAUAAGCUGACGACAUUUUUGCAAACAAAGGAGAUGAUGGCAUUGCCAGAGGAAACCAGGUUAGUAUGCAAAGAAAUAAUAGAAGUCCUUAGAAGAGAUCAUGAAGAUGGAAGUCUCAAAAAUUUUGAAGAUCAUUAAUAUAAUCGUUAAUGUAGUAUAGUGUAAUG